ACGUAUUUUGAUGGAGCACACACACAUACAUUCGCAGCGAGGUGAAGGGACACCGCGGGAUAUUCCUGUUAAAAGCGCGACCUGACAGUAGGAAAUGCAAAUUUCCUCACGAAUAGAAACGUUUUAAUAUUACAGUGACUAUAAAUCAUGGCCGCCAUAUACAUUUGUUUUGUUUAAUAAAAAUGCACAGGUGCGUAUGAGUUUUGACAGGCUAACAGUUGAAGCUAAUUCAAAGGCAAUGCAGUCUGGGAGAGAUGUGUGUGGUCUGAGUGAGCCAUAACGGAAGUAAAACAAGGUAGUUACCAUUUUAAAGAUGGAGUCCCUUGCCCUGAAUACAGAGGUUCGCCUAGCGGUGGCCCAGUGUUUCCGGACCCUCACUACAUCCACAGAUACCAAAGACAUUAUCACAACUCUUCAAACACUCCACUCUUACUUGGAUGAAGGACCAGAGGGUAGAACCACUUCAGUUCAGCGGGCCGAGUUCAGGAGAUCUCACUUCACCCGUACCCUUCAGUUCCUUGUCAGCAACAUCCAGGCUGACUGGUUACGCAGCCUCACAGCAGCCCAGCGAACAGAGUUAUGGGACGGCCUGUUCCUGAAAGGCCCUCCAGAGCAGGCGCUGCUGGUGCUGAUGGAGGGAAUAGGAGAGCUAAGAGCCAGCACAAAUCUGGACCGCUUGGUCAGCAUCACUGAGAAGUUCCUUCAGAGUGGUCGACUCGCUGAGCUGCUGUGGUCCUACUGUCUGGAGACAGGUCCCUCUGACUCCCCCCAGCUGCGAGAGACUCUGCUGGGACGUAUUGUGGCGCUGCCGGACCUCGCCGCCAACAGGUUACAUCCAAAAAACAAGCCCCUUUUUCUCCCUCAGCAGUACCAUCCACUAUUGGCUACUGCUAUGCUCACUGCCCUGGAGCGGACCUGCCAAGCACUCAAAGAUGGCACAGACUGCUCCUUGACUUUCGUGGCUCAGACACUUGGGAAAGUGUGUAUCCAGGGCCAUAGCGGUUUGGUGUUGGCAGUGAUGGCUCCUCGGCUCUCUGCGUGCACACGCUCAGACAUGGUGUGGCAGAGGGUUUGCUGGAAGCUGCUGGAGAACGUUCCACAGCAAUGGAUGGAGAGCGUGCUCACUGGACUGGUGCAGGCUGUCAGCGGGCCUGAAGCCUUGGGCAGGAUCAUUGGGAAUCUAGUGUUAACAAAUAAAAAGGCCCAGUUUGUUAUUACUCAUAAACUGCUGUUACUGCAGUACAAGUAUGAGACUCAAGUCUUGAGAAUUGUCCUGGGUUACCUCGCAGCAGACAGGGAGCGAAGGCCACUGCUCAUCCAGGUGUUACGGUCUGUGUCCCAGGCCUGGGCUAACCCCAGUGCAGUGAAGCACACACCUCUGGAGCAGCAGCUGUAUGUCAGCAAGGCUUUACUGCUGAGUGUGAGUCUGCUGAGAGACUCUGAGCUACAGGAGCUACGCUCAGAGUUACUUCAGUGUUUGCUGGGCGGCAUGCAGAGCCACCUGGACAGCAGCGUGGUGCGUAUCAGGCGUAUGGGCAUGGUGGUGGGAGAGUGCCUGAGCUCUCGCAUGGAUAUCAAUAACACUAAGCUCAAGUUUGAGUAUGAUCAGGACGAGGAAAGUCAAGAGCUGCUCUCUCUGAUGACUCCCAUUGCUGGUGGUGAGCCAGAGGCUGAGUCUGCGAACGGAGUUGAUUCUCCUCAAGAGACCGGUGAAACAACUCCAUCUACUCACAAUGUAUCGUCUCAAAAUAAGUCAAACACUGAGCCAGACUCCGACCUGGACAGCGACGAUGAGCUCACUCCGUACGAUAUGUCUGGCGAUCAGGAAAUAAUGGAAGCACCCCCACCCCGCUACCUACGGGACUGUCUGGAAACUUUAAUUUCCUCUGAGGACGCGGUGCAUGUCGAGCUCAGUUUGAGAGCCGCUGAGGGUUUAGUGAGGAAGAACGUUUUUGCAACCAGAGAGAUCAGUGUCCAGCUGACCAAAGUGCUUCUUCACAUGGAGGAUAAAUACAGCAUAAAUAGCUUCCUGAGUCUCAGACAGGCGACCAUGGUGGCUCUCACUGUCACUGACAGUAUCCCUGUGACUCAGUAUUUGACCACAGAGUUUUACUCCUUGAACUACAGUCUUCGCCAGCGGCUCGAUAUCUUGGAGGUCCUUGCUCUGGCAGCGCAGGAGCUCUCCAAGCCAAUCAAUGAAAAGAGAAAUCCAUCUAUGGGUAUUGAUGCCAGCACGGAUUUGACUCUGUACCCUGGUGACAACCCUGUUCACUGGCGACAAGUAGUAGAGAAGCGGAUUCAAAGCAAGACAAAACGCCUCAGAAAGGGUGCCACACAACCUCCAGCUGAAGCCACCCCUAACCGUUACGCCCCUGUUGCUGGACAUUUCUUUUUUCCUCUGCUCAGCAAUUAUGACAAGCCUCAGGUGACCUUUGACCUGUUGGGCGGUGACCAUCUUGUACUGGGCAGGUUGAUCCACACCUUGGGCCUCUUCAUGCAUCUGGCCAUCAAUGCACCGAUAGCUGCACAGAUGGGUUGUGCCUUACUGGACUUUGUGUGGGCGGUGCGCUACCAUGUUGAUCAGAUGGUGAGACGAGGCGUCCUCUUCGCUGUCUGCUCUGUGUUUCUGAGCAUGCCCAGUCAAAAUCUGCUGGUGGACCUCAGUGAUCAGCUGUUUGAGACCAGAAAGUGGCUGGCAGAUGUGGCUGAAGGAGACCCUGAUGCAGAUUGCCGGAACCUGGCUGUGCAGAGUCUGGUACUGCUGGAUAAGAGCCUAAAGAAACAGCUACAAGAUCAACAAGCACUGAGCAUGGAGCCAUGAUCACAGCAUCAACAAUGAACAAUGUAAUACUGAAUGUGUCUCUGAUGCGGGGAGGGCUGUACUGUACCUACGCGUCAUCCUCACAGAGCCUGGAGGAUUGAGGUCGAUGGAAGUGAUGUUCCGGAUAUUUGCCCACACAUUUUCAUAUCCUGGAACACGCCAGCGGAAAAGGAGGGCACAUGUCUUCUCACAUAAAAUGUCUGUCUGCAUACCAAAAUCACACACACACACACACACACACUAUUGUUUAGAUGAACUUAUGUACCAGAUAAAAUAUUGAUUGAAUGAAGAAUAGGAUGCCAUUUUGUCCACCAAUACAGUGUAAGUUAUGAGGAUAUCCUUUUCAACCUCUUUCCUGUACUGGCACAUCGCUCUGUGUGGUUGUUUGUUUGCAAAGGACAUCCUGUGAAUAUUCACGUGCAUAGACGCAUUCACAAUAUUUGAAAUACUACUACUACAUCCCCCUUUGACAAAUGAAAUGUGUGUUUUUUCUGUAUGUCCCUAAACAAUGGAACAUUUUGAAAUAUACAGUUGUUUAUAGUUGUAUUUGUAAUAGCCUUUUUUGUGCUAUCACUCCCUUCCGCCCUGAAUAUUUGUAUUUACUGUAAGUGAAUGAGGCUGAGAGUAGGUCAGGAUAUAACAAGUACAAGAGAUAAUCGUAUGAGUGAUUUUUACAUGGCAGCAGUGAACAGUUCAAACAAAACAUGAAUACAAUGAAAUGAAAAAAAAAAAAAAAACAGUGAGAAUAAGAUUGCAAUCAAA